AUGACUUGCAAUCCUAAUUGGACUGAAAUUAAAGAGAAUGCACUACCAGGACAGACGGCAUCCGACAGGCCAGAUAUUGUUUCACGAGUCUUUGAUUUAAAGAAAAGUGAACUUAUCAAUGAUGUUUUUAAGAAAAAAAUAUUCGGUGAGGUAUCAGCAUACGUAUAUGUCAUUGAAUACCAGAAACGCGGAUUACCACAUAUGCAUUUAUUGGUGAAUUUGAAGCAAACCAGUAAAAUUCUCACACCUGAUGCUGUUGAUAAAUAUAUUUCCGCGGAGAUUCCAGAUCGACAAAUAGACCCAACACUUCAUGAUAUAGUCUUAAAAGAUAUGAUUCAUGGACCCUGCGAAUCUCACAAGCGAGCAUACGCUACUAUCAAUACACUUCUCAUAGGUGAAGGAUCCAGUAUAAGCGCAUUUCCAACAAUGCCAGAGUUGAGUGAAUGUGGAAUUGAUAUCGAUGAUGGCAACAAUGAUGAAUUGCCAAUUGAAGUUCACGUCAACAUCGGUCAAAAUCAGUACAAUCAAUUGAAUGUGAAACAAAAAGAAAUUGUUGAUAACAUUCUGCAUAUAGCAAUGUCUACUGAAAAAAUUUCGUCCUCCUGUUUUUAUAUUGAUGGUCCAGGAGGGUCAGGGAAGACGUUCGUCUACACAACUUUAUAUCAUUUAUUGAAAGCUCAAGGAAAAUCCAUCUGCACAAUGGCUUUCACAGACUCGGUUUCAAAUAUAAAAAAUCAAUCGAAGAAUGCUGAGUAUUUAAGAAAUGUUGAUAUUUUCAUCUGUGAUGAAGCACCUAUGGCACCGAGAUCUGCGUUGGAAUUAAUAGAUCGAACAUUGCGUGAUUUUAUGGAUAACGAUUCACCGUUUGGUGGAAAAAUUAUGCUAUUAGGUGGAGAUUUCAGACAAUUACUACCAGUUACUCCGAAUGCCACCAGAUGUAACGGAGAAUUGAAUGAUAAUGAUAACAAUCUAUCACCUCCUGAACAAUGCAUAGCUUCAAAUACCGAUAAUAUCGUUGGGACGAUUUUUAAAAAAAUCAUUGACGAACGUCGAUUUGGAGACUUGGCAAAGACCGCUGUAUUGGCUGCACGGAAUGCUGAUGUCGAUGAAAUCAACUGCGAAGCGAUCGAACUUUUAGAUGAAACAACGGAGCGUGUUUAUGGUGGUAUUGAUAGUGUAGAAAAUUGUGAUAAUGGAGAUAUCAACGAUGCAAUUUUACCAGAAUAUUUGAAUACACUUAAUCCUCCGAAUUUUCCACCGCAUAUCUUACGUUUGAGGAAAGAUUGUAUUGUUAUGUUACUUCGCAAUUUGAGUAUUAAGGAAG